GAUUAAUAGUUAUCUCCGAAUUUGCCAGCAGUUGCAUUUGAACUGUACCAAGUACUUGGACGUUUUCCAAGAUGAAGGCCUUCAUAUGGCUGAAUAUUUUAUUCGUAGUAAAUGUCUAUGGUGCAUUACAGAGGGUUGACCCGUUAGUGCUGAUCGGUCAAGGUCUGGUGAAAGGUAUUAAAGCUAGCGAUAGUGAUUACUCCAAAUUCUUGGGAAUUCCAUAUGCAAAAGUGGAUUUAAACAAUCCGUUUGGGGCUGCUCAAGCCGCUCCAGAGUUCGAGGAAGAAAUUUUCCAAGCUUAUGACAACUCAAGGAUAUGCCCUCAAACCAAUUAUGGCGGUGUAAAAUUCUCCGGAAAUUCAGAAAACGAAUCUCCUGACUGUCUGCAAUUAAAUGUAUAUUCUCCGAGCAAAGCAAGCACUCUAAGCCCUUUGCCAGUUCUUGUUUGGAUUCAUGGAGGUAUUUUCAUUGGGGGAAGUGCUAAUGAGUAUAAUGUACCAGACUUAGUCAAACAGGGCAUCGUCGUUGUUACAGUCAACUACCGUUUAGGACCUUACGGCUUCAUGUGCCUGGACGAUCCUGCUGUACCUGGUAAUCAAGGGCUGAAAGACCAAUACGCUGCGUUACAGUGGGUCAGAAACAAUAUUGCGGCAUUCGGUGGCAACCCUUAUAACGUCACUCUGGCUGGCCAAAGCGCAGGAUCUGCCUCAGUACUCCUACAGCUGUACUCUUCCAAGGAAAAAUUAUUUAACAAAGUCAUAGCACAGAGUGGAACUCCACUCAGUCCAUCAUUUUUUGUUACGGGAGAUUCGGACGUAGCAAUCAAACUGGCUAAUUAUUUGGGUUUGAACACGACUGACAAUCAGCAGGCCUUAGAAUUUUUGGCUUCAAGCCACCACAGCUUAGUGACUGGUGCAUCUGCUGAUUUGAAAAUUGGUUUUAAACCAUGCAAAGAAAAAUCUUUCAGUGGCGUCGAUAAUUUCAUCGACAGCGAGCCUUACGCAUUUUCGAAUGAAAGAAAAAUAAGAAAUACUCCCAUUCUUAUUGGUAAUACCGAUCAAGAAGUUGAUGACAUAAGAAUAAACUUAAUGAAUGGCGAUGAUUUUUACAAUCAGGACUUCUUUUAUGCAAGUUUAAAAGGAAAAUUCAAUUUGGAAAAUGGCCAAUUACAAGAGAUUGCAGAAAUAGUCAGACAUUUUUAUAUAGGUGACACGACUAUUUCAGAAGAAGUUAAAAUAGAAGCUGCAGAAUUUCUAUCUGAUUAUGAAUUUAACCACCCUAUUCAAGACACGAUAACAAAUUUGAUUAAAGACAAUGCAAACCCUGUUUAUGAGUACGUGUUCACUUAUACAGGGGAUUCUGGUGAAGGCGGGGCACCACACUCGGCCGAACUGGAGUAUCUGUUCGAUUUCCAGCAAAACUAUAGAUCACGAUCAGAAGCCGACCAGAUUGUGGCUGAUCGAAUUGUUACUCUGUGGGCUAACUUCAUCAAAUACGGAAACCCCACCCCAGAGACCUCUGACUUGAUCCCGGUCAAGUGGAGCCCAGUAACAGAAACGACCAGGCCCUACCUCAACAUCGGAGCAGACCUUCGCAUGGAGGACCGGUUCCUGAGGGAGAGGCUAGCCUUUUGGGAACUCUUCCAGUCGGUCUACGGGAAGUACAGCAGUUUGGCUCGACAGUGCGACUACUAAGGGCCAGUUACAUCGACCCUAGAAGACAGAACAACGUCACGCAGCAACGUAACUCUAUGGAAAUUCCUAUACAAUAACAUUUAGCGAACGCUUUAUCGAUGACAGACGGUUUGGUUUGGUUUUGGUUUGGUGGUAUUUGAAAAGGGCCCAUUUCGCUUAGGCUUACCCGAUGAGUGUGUUUCUAGAUAAUUGCAUGUCAUUACUAAAUUGAAUAAAAUAUAUGUGCGUGAUAUAGACAUGUGGAAGUUUCGAGUCCUGUAAAUUCUCCUGCAGAUUCACUAUUUUCUAAGAUAUACUCGUAUUAAGUACCUUUAUUUAUUCUAAAUUCUAAUAUGUAUACCUAAUACAAUAUUUAUUAUUCUUGAUGAGCUGAAAGUUAUGGAAUAUUUUUCAAUAAACCUUAAACGAC